GAUGCUCUCGCAAGCGGCAAGAGACACAGCGGAGGAAAUCUGAGCUCAGUCCUGCCUGCUCUAGCAUCACCUCCAUGCAAAGUCGUCACGCGCUUCUCGAUUGCAUAAACGGCUAAACCGGUGGAUAAUUUGAGUCUGCCGUGACGAUACUAUCUGCUUGUGUUUGUAUUUUUCGGCUCCCGUUUGGCUCGCAUCCUUUAUGCACAGCACGCUGCUCCCAUCAAAAAGAACACAGGCAUCCGUGUCGGAACAGCAUGGCUUCCUGCAGUCGCGGGUUCUGAGCGAGAUGGAAGCGAAGCAGCAUUCGAUCAAGAGCCUGAAGAGCUACCCGGAGGCUGGGGGCCGGAGUCUAGCGGCAGCGGCGGGCGGGGACGUCGGUGGUGGAGGGUAUCGCGUCGGCGGCGCGGAGAUAGAGAUGGAGGCGAAAAUACAGAAGGCGGUCGACUUCAAGCUGGAGGGUCACCGUUGCUACAAGGAGAAGAAAUUCCGUGAGGCUAUUGGGAAGUACCACAGGGCGCUGCUGCAGUUGAAAGGGAUCCAUGUAGUCGAUGGGACCACAGGAUCCGAGGUCAACCUGCUGAACCAAGCCGCGGUCAAGCUGACAGAAGAGCAGCGGCGAGCCGUGGAGAACACCGAGAUCGAAUGUUACGACAGCCUGACAGCAUGCUUGCUGCAGUCAGAACUGGUGAAUUAUGAGCGAGUUAAGGAAUACUGUUUAAAGGUGCUGGGACACCAGCAGGAUCACUUUAAGGCCAUGUAUCGUGCUGGAAUCGCCUUCUACCACCUUGGAGACUACGAGUGUGCCCUGCGUUACCUACGUGAUGCAAAGUGCCGUGAACCCACAGACACAAACGUGCUUCGAUACAUCCAGCUGACAGAGAUGAAGAUGAGUAAGAGCGGUCAGCAAAUGCGUGAGAGUGGGAAAGAGUCGUUGGGUUAACUCCACCCAAACCCCACUCUGCCCCCUUUAAGCCACGCCCUCUCAAUACAAAAUCUCUCUUUCUGAGUCUCUCCCCUUUUCCACAAUGCUGUUCAUUCCAUGGACAACCUGGAUACACAUGCUGUGCCCGCAUUUGAAACGGACUCCAAAUAGGCACAGCUACACCACACGACCCUCGCUUUGAGGUAUAUUUGUCCCUUUAAAUCCAGUGUCCCUGGUGCUUUUCAUUUCCCAGGUAUAGAGAUUCAGACUGAUAGACAAACAAGAAAAGGAGGAAAUGCUGUGUAAUAAUGAUGUAAACAAAGGGAAUCUGACAUAACUGUUUAAAAUUACAUUAUCAAGUAAGGAUUUCAAAAUGUGUAUAAUGUUUUGAAUAGAAUCAUAUUCUACUGUAAUACGAGCUGGUUGAAUUUGAAAUGGCUCUCCUGUGUGUCUUGAGUCUAUAGGCAAUGAAAAGAGUCAAAGCACAUGUUUCAAAGUCACACUGCUGCUGAAUUGCAGAUGUCAAUGAUUAGACUUGUGACCAUUGAACUCUGUGUGAUACAUUUAGAGCCACUUGUCUCCCAUCCACUCCAUUCAAUACAGAUGAGGAAAGUCAAUAUUUCAUAGCACCAUCUCAAUCUUGCUGGAUGUUGAUCUCAAUUCACGAUUGCCUGCAAUGCCUCUUAUUUUCUGUCUCCUUUAUCUCUCUCUUGAAUUUGGGCACAUCUCAACUCAAUUUCUGAACUGUUUCAAUUCAAGGGCUAAUUCAAGUGUGUGAUUUGUCCUUAAAUAUCGAUUUUGUUUUUCUCACAGUUUGUUACUGUUCUUUAGUGGUUUAAGCAAGUUGUUAUCUUUCCCUUUCUCAAAGGUACAAAAUCCUCCGAAAUAAUGUAAGAAAGUGCUUUUUGAACCUUGUAGUUUAUCUCCCCCUGGCAUAUGUUGUAACAUUGGACUGUCCAAUAGCCCUUUUGGAAUUUUAUUAGAUAAUGGAGCCAUAUUUAAAAUGCUUUGAUGUGUAAUGUCAUUACAUUCCAAACCCAAAUGUCCAAGCCGCUCUUUUCCACACAAUGGAAAUGAAUGGUGACCAUGGCUGUCAUUAAUCCCUUUCCACUUUCAUUUAAUUAAAAGGAAACACAGCUUGGACAUUCUGCUAGAUAUUACCUCUUGUGUUCCAUGGAAGAAAUAGUCAUAAAGGUUUGGAACAACAUAGGGGUGAGUAAAUGAUGACAGAAAUUUAAUUUUUGGGUGAACUAUGCCUUAGAUAAGAAAUAAGAAUUAACAUGUAUCUACAUCGAAUGUUACCAAAAUGAUGUUAAGCAAAAGGACAAAAAUUAUCUGUUAACACAUAACUGUCAUAAUGACAAGCAUAAGGAAGCAUUAAUGUUAUGCUUUUUUUUUAACCUCAAAGUCCACAUUUCUAGCUUUUAGAUGGAUACAACUUUACUCAACCACAAUAAUUUGGUAAUGUUUUGUCCAUCGAGGGAGUAUCUCCUUUGGAUUCAUUAGAAUGUGCAGACGCCUUUGACAGAGUCUAGUUUAGAUUAAUGGCUUUGAGGAGAUGGGGGACAGACAGAUGAAAUUAUACAUCUGACCUAAUAUAAGGCAGAGAUUUAUUUGUGUCAGUGGGGGUCUGGGGAUGUUUUAUCAUGGAUUUAGAGAACAAGACAACCUGAUGAGAUUCAGAAAGGAGAGCAGGAAGCCAAAAUCUGUGGUUUUCUGUAGAGUUCUGCAUGCGCAGGUUUCAUCUGGGCCUGCCAAUGGUCAUACCACCCCACAGUUUAGCAUCUUUGUUGCUUUGACACUGGAGAUUUUAUCUUAAAGGUGCACUCAGUAAUUUCUUCUCCUUAGUUCCUAAACUUCUCCCAAAUAGCAAUUUUGACAAAUCUCAUUAAAAUGACGUAUACUCCCAUAAACUGAAGACCCUAUUAUGUCAGUGGCCUAGAAAAUGUCCAAAUUGUUAAAAUAAAAUUAGGAUAUCUGAUGGCGCUUGUAAUAUGGCAGAACGGGGUCAAUUUCAGGGUACAUGAACAUUCGGAACCAACAUAUCAAUAUCCUCAAAAAUGAACAAAACUAAAACUAACCGCAGCAGUUAUCAAAACAUAAUGCAUCCAUGCCCGAAGGUGUUUGUAUAUAGUCCAAGUAUAUUUGGGUGAAGAAGAGCAGCGAAAAAUCUUACUGAGUGCACCUUUUAGUGAUCAAAGCAAUUAUUGAUAAUGUAGCACAGAUUGACAAAGAAAUCAAAUACUUUCUGUGCUGUUGUGAGGCUUUCCACCUUUUCAGCUCUGUCGUAUGUCUCUUCUGUUUUUGUGACUGUUCUCUUUCCACUUCACCUUUGAUAUGUUCUUUUCAUUUCUGUAAAUGGUAAAGGUAAUUUUAUCUAUAACAUCACAAUACUGAUAUCCUAUAUGGAAUUUAUGUCUUCACCUUUGCUUCUUUCAGCAAUGGUCCAUAUACUAUACUAUCCCCAUGUGCUGGAUCUCUUUCUGCACAGAUGGAGAAACAUCAGACAUGACUGUUGUCAGUAGACAACAACAAAAGCACAAACUGGUUUAUGGACAAGCAAAUAAACUAUCUGUACUUUACUUUUCUUGGAUGUCACUUGAGGUAUGUGUUUGUUGAAUGUCAAAGUAGAUUUGUGCGGUUUAAAAAUGGUUGUCAAAAGCUUUACUUUAUUCAAUUGUUUUUAUCAGUAUGUGAGAGAGCAAAUGAGAAGGAUAAAUAAAAGAGAUUUAUGAAAAAUAUAUUUAACAUUGUAAGGGGCAACUUUGUACCUGUGUAAAUGUUUCAUUUACCUCUUGUAUUAGGCUUGGUUUUUUUUUUUGUUUGUUUUUUCCUGGAUUGCCAGUCCAAGGAUUCAGGGUAUGCCCUUUGACCUCUAGAGAGAAAGGUCAUCUGUGGUGGGUAAGAAAAUGACAGUAGGGGAUUCCCAGAAGAGGAUGAAGAGGUGAGGGAACCUGACUGAACCGACCGAGAAAGACAAAUCCACUGGAUUCUUUUUCCUUUUCUGUUCUGGAGAGAGAGACUUGGACCCUCUGGUUGUUCCGGUUACUAUAAUGUGAAUGCAUUAACAUUCAUUGCCUCCUUGGGAAGUGCAUACUUCCACUGAACAUCAGAAGACCUGCAAACUAGUUACAUUUACCUGCAAGUCCAGGAAUGCACUACUGAUUGGUAUUUGAAGUCUACAAAUAAAGUUUAAAAAGAGAA